ACUCAUCGUCUACUUGUAUCAAGAACUCGUCACUUCUUCAACCUUCAACCUGCAACCUUCCUAUAAAAUCAUACAAUCCAAAACGACUCCUAUAUAAACUCAUUUAAGAUGAAUUCUCGACAGGCUUAUGCCCCGACUCCUCAUAGUUAUGUUCCUAAUACUACUCUCUCGGCCACAAUCAAUCUAGAUGAGGAAGUGAAACUGGCAGAUACUCGUGCAGAGAGAGACCUGCAAGAUUCUCUUGCUGAGAUCUUUUCCAUUAUCGUAACUCUGGAUGAACUUGAGAGGGCAUUUCUUAAAGACGCUAUACCCGAAGCCGACUAUACUGAGAUCUGCGAACGAUCGCUAAAGCAGUAUAAAUCGAUUCUAGCAGACGACACCGUCGCUAAAGCGUUCGUAGGCCUAGAAGAAUUUAAGGCUGAGUGGGAUCUCGAAGUUCCAAGAGCCACGGAAAGACUUAGGGUGGGCAUGCCAUCCACUGCUGUCACCGCAUCAACAGGAGCAGCUCAGCCAUCAGCUCCAGGGAACCAUAAAUCCGGUGCCCUUAUCCUUGAAGCCACGCAGGAAUUCAUUACCUUCUUAGAUGCCUUGCGCCUUGGGCUUCUAGCAAAAGACCAACUUCACCCUCUCCUGACUGACGUUAUUCAAAGCGUCAACAAAGUCACUGAUAGAGACUUUGAGAAUCGAGGGAAGAUUGUGCAGUGGCUGAUUACAUUAAAUCAGAUGAAGGCAACCGAGGAGUUGAGCGAGCAGCAGGCGAGAGAGCUCGAGUUGGAUAUUAACUCCGCUUACUUGGGUUUUAAAAAUACGCUCAAUUAAUAUAUUCGAGCUGAUAAUGGAUUGAUGCUCGGUCGUAUUUGUGGAAGAAUAGCGAAGAAGCUCUAGGAACGACUCCAAUCAAGGGCGCUGAAAGUGGGUCUCCGAUAUCAUCACUGAGUGGUCAAUUUGGUUGAUAAGACCCACUAUUAGGGCGCGAGACUGUCAAGGUUGAC